AUGCCUCGAAUCGCCCAGGGACCGCGCAGGAGCGGGAGUAGAGUCACUUCUGGCUCUCUCCUCGCGUCCCCCUUCAAAUCGCCAGUCAAGAUUCCCCUCAACGACGACGCUCAAGAGAAGGCCCAACGAUCCCACGGCCGCAAGGCGGCUCACGAGGCCCAGAUCAACCAGCUCCGGGCGGCAGCGACGAGCACUCCGCGCAGGUCGAGCACCUCGUUCAACGAUUUCCAGAAUGCCGAAACGCCAGGUUCCAGCCCGCGGACGCCGCGCCGCCGUAGGAGCGUUAACUAUACCACCAUCCUGGACGACGACGAACAGCUCGUCGUUGGCGGCAAGGCCGUCACCCCGAUGAAGCGGGUGCCUAUUCUUGCCAACUUUGAGGAGUGGAUGAAGAUGGCGACCGACAACAAGAUCAACGCCGCCAACUCGUGGAACUUUGCGCUCAUCGACUACUUCCACGACAUGUCGCUGCUCAAGGAGGGGGAUGGCGUCAAUUUCCAAAAGGCCAGCUGCACCCUCGACGGGUGCGUCAAGAUCUACACCAGCAGAGUCGACAGCGUUGCCACCGAAACCGGCAAACUGCUCAGUGGCUUGGCCGACAGCCGCGACAACAAGAGGAAAGGCCGCGAUGGGGACGAGGAAGAGGACGAGGAGGAAGAGGUCGACGAAGAUGGCAACGUUAGGAAGAAGCCCAAGAAGAAGACCCAGAGAUCGUCCGAAGCCACCCUUGCACCAUCCUUUGCGUCUCUGCAGCUGAAAAAGCUGGAGCUCGAGUUCGCCGUCGACCCGCUCUUCAAGAAGGCGUCCGCAGACUUUGACGAGGGCGGCGCAAAGGGCCUCCUGCUGAAUCAUCUGAUGAUUGACUCGCAAGGCCGGAUCGUAUUCGACAGCAGCGAUGACGCCGAAGAUGCUGCCGAGGCUGCCUCCAAGUCCCGCACGCGGGAUGAGGGGGAGAAUGUCAAUGGAGAGGAGGGAGACGAGGAUCUUUUGAUGACCGACCGGGACGAGACUCCUGCGCCGGAGCGGUCAAAGGAGCAAGGGCGGAAGGAUGAGGAGGAGGAAGAGGAUGUGGAAAUCGACGUUCCCGGUCUCGGGGCGAGGUUCUUCCCGGAUCUCAAUAUCCUGGACAGCCUGGACGUUUGCCCGUCCCUCAAAACCUUUGAUCUCGGCGACCCUUCGGGCUCCUUGGAUAUUCCGUUCCUCAGGGCGCCCGACGACUGGCGCGACCAAGACAAGGAGAAGACACCAGGGCCGGGGGGGAUCGGCGACAAGUCGGGCAUGUUCAUUGACGAGGAAAACCCGCUCGGAUUCGACGACGAAGACGGGCUCGGCACCUUUGAUCUGGGUGCAGAUAUGAUGCGCGUUUACGACGCCGGCCUGGGCAUGGGGGAUGGCGCCGCGGCGGACGGAGAAGGCGACGGCGCGGACCUGCUUGAUUCCGGGAACGGCGACUUUGCCAUCUCCAUGACGCACGCCCAAAAGGCCGACAGGGUGCACGAGGAUAUCCUCAGCUACUUCGACCAGGCGCUGCAGAAGAACUGGACCAGCGCCGAGCACUGGAGGAUACGGAAAAUCAAGGACGUGAACAAGCCGACCGAGCCCACGAGGCAACGCAAGGAGAAGCAGCCGUUCGAGAUCGAUUUUGCCGCUCCGCUCGACCCGGCCGUCGCCGAGGCCAUCUACACCCAGGCGUCCAGCAACGCGGCCAUCUCCCUCGCCAAGAAGGACUGGAAGUCCAAGUCGCGCAACCUGCUCCCGGACGACAAGCACUUCAGCUCCAAACAGCUCCUGAGCCUCUUCCUCAAGCCCAAGGCCCGCAUGGGCCGUCGGCGGGUGCUCGGCAGCGGCAGCCGGAUCGGCAACGUCGACUCGCAGCGCCAGCAAAACGACGUACCCGAGGGGGAGAUGGACGAGGCAUUCUGGGCCUCUCAGAAGGCACCCCUGCAGUCGGCCGACCACCACCACGCCUCCUCCCCGGACGACGAGGGUCUGCCGCAGGGCGACUACGACGCCAACUUCUUCCAGGACGACGGCCUGCCGUUCGCGGGCGGCGGCGGCCGGGACGACGACGACGACGACGACGACAUGGACGAGUUCGCCGACGCGCGCGAUCACUUCUCGCCCGAGGCCGGCGGGCCGGGCAUGAUGACGGACGUGGGCAUGACGGGCGCCUUUGGCGGCCUGACGGUGACAAACCCGGCCGAUCUGGCCUUCGGCACCAUGCUGGUGACGCAGAACAGGAGGGUCCGGCCCGAAUAUGUGCAGUACGCCCGGGUGGCCAAGAAGGUGGACGUCAGGCGACUCAAGGAGGAGAUCUGGAAGGGCAUGGGCUUCGAACGGCCUGAUGACGAAAACCAGGCCGCGGCAAACAACAACAACAACAGCCGCCUCAUGACCCCGACCUCCCCCGAAAAGUCGACCACGUCCACAGCACCGGGUACGGAAGCGGAUCCGACGCUCAAGUUCACCGACGUUAUGAACGACCUGCAGCGCGUCUACCCGAAGCCGGUCAUGGACGACAUCUCGACCAGCUUCUGCUUCAUCUGUCUGUUGCACUUGGCCAACGAGAAGGGCCUGGUCAUCGAGAAGACCGAAGGGCUGGACGAGUUGUUAAUCAGGAAGGAUUGGACCGCGGAAAUCACGGAGGGGGAGUAA